UCAGAAUUAAACGUAUGAGGACAGGGAAGUUGAAUGAUCGUAGAGGUUUCACGUCGCCUGCUUCCGAAAAUAUUACCAACAUUUAAGGAUGAAAAGGAGAUAUAAUAACCGCAAGCCAAAGAAUGCUGGGGAUUCAGCUCGAAAAGUUGAGCUUGAAAAGGAGGAAAUAAAGAAAUGUUCGAGCGUGGUUAAAAACAAGUGGCUACUGAGAGUCGGAACGGCUUUUCUUGCACUCUUCAUCGUCUACCUCUCCGUGCCAUUCGUGCUCUACUGCUUCCCUUGGAUCGUGGGUCAUCUCGUCUAUUCCCAUUCCUUCAGGAUUCCCUUUGUGGAUCUCAGUCAUCCAGAGGAUUUCUCACUAAAUCACACAGUUAAUUUCUAUCUCACACCAGAGGAAGGUAUCACAGUUGGUGUGUGGCAGACUGUCCCAGAUAACCAGUGGCAAAAAGCACAGGGAAAAGACCUUGAAUGGUACAAGGAGUCCCUUAAAGAUAGCACCCCUGUCAUUGUCUAUCUCCAUGGCAACAUGGGGACCAGGGCGCUAAGUCACAGAGUUGAGCUCAUAAAGGUGUUGAGUGCUGCUGGGUUCAAUGUUCUUACUAUGGACUACAGAGGUUACGGGGAUUCUACAGGGCAGCCCAGUGAGGCUGGUAUGACUGCAGACGCUGUCUACCUGUAUCGUUGGGUAAAAGCAUACAGUGGCAGCAGCUCAGUGUGUCUCUGGGGGCACUCCCUUGGCUCUGGGGUGGCCACCAACGCUGCACUUAAACUACAGAGUGAUGGGUUUCCCGUUGAUUGCGUGAUUCUUGAGGCUCCCUUCACAAAUAUUUAUGAGGAGGCUGCCGCUCGCAAUAUGGUUUACUGGAUGUUUCCGGGAUUUGAAAACUUCAUCCGCUAUACUUUGGCUCUGAACAAUUUGAGCUUCCCUAAUGAUGAAAACUUGAAGACAUUAAGGAGCCACCUUCUGCUCUUGCAUGCAGAGGAUGACAAUAUUGUACCUUUCCACAUGAGUCAGAAGUUGUACCAUAUUGCAAAGGACGCCAAGAACAAGCAUGUCAGAAUGGAGACUUACACUCAGUCUUUGGGUUACUCUCAUAAUGGCAUCUACAGGGAUCCUCAGUUGUCCAGAAAAAUCUGGCAGUUUCUGCAGCUGCUGCAGAAGUAACAAGGGGGCUCCCAGUGAGGAGAGAGCGAGACAAGAGAGGAGGAGGAAGCACACAGCAGACGCACGCCUGAUCAUCGUUUCCAAACCCCGCACACGCCCGCACCUUCAUUCCCGAGCCCCACGACGACACCGCAGUCCCCAAAGUCCCGUUCCCGGUGCCCCCGUUCCCCCCCCCCCAUCCUCUGUCCUUGCAUCUGAGUGAAUAAAAGGAGGACGAGCACUCACCUGAGCCGGCCUCUGUCUGUUGCACUGGAAUUAAUGAUAAUGACUUCUAUUAAUGACCAGAAGUAAAGCAUCAUGAGUGUAGAUGGAUCUGGAAAAAGGCUCUCCCUGACAACAUGUACUGAGAAUGAUUUAACACAGUAAACAAACCCUGACAUUUUAACUAAAUACAGGUACAUCCUGGUAGCCAAUCUCCUAGUUUACAGACUUUUGGGAUAAUGGCUUUAGAAAAGUUGUACCCAUGUUUGGUAUAUGUACCAACUCCUCAUAAUUAAACUUUUUUGGAUGUUUAAGCAUGUAUGAUAAGCUAUGGGAAAUGUUUCCCUCGUCUUUUUUUUUUUUUAAAUUUCUUUAAAUUUUUUUUGUUCAUAUAUUUGUCUGCAUUUAAGAUGGGUCUGAGGACUCGCCCAUUUCAGACUCACUUCUCUGAUCUCGUAAGUGCGUGAUAAACAUGUACGUAUGUGUC